UUUUUUUGGCGGAUCACCAGAACUCCAACACAACUCAUGGCUUCCAAAUAUGAAUCCUUCAGAAAAUGGAAAUAUGAUGCUUUCUUGAGUUUUAGAGGGGAAGAUACCCGCAAUAACUUUGUCGCUCAUCUUUACAAAUGUUUAGAAGACAGAAGAAACAAGACAUUCAAGGACGAUGAGAAACUUCAAAGAGGAAAAUUCAUUUCAGCAGAGCUCUCGGAAGCCAUUGAGGAGUCAAGAACUGCCAUUAUCAUCUUCUCUGAGAACUAUGCUUCAUCCAAAUGGUGCUUGGAGGAGCUCGCGAAGAUCAUGGAGUGCAUAAACAAGAAGGGUCAGGAAGCCAUCCCAGUCUUCUAUAAGGUUGAGCCAUCAGAUGUACGCAUGUAGAGAAAUAGCUUUGCUAAAGCACUGGCCAAGCACGAGGCAGAUCUCAAGGGUACUGAUUUGGAGAAGUUGCAGAGGUGGAAGGACGCUCUACGUGACGCAGCCAUUAUAUCAGGAUGGGAUGUUCGCAAAACUGCCAAUGGCUACCGAAAAGCAUUUAGUGGGAAUCGAAGCUCGAAUUGGUGGAGUGGAGUCGCUGUUGGGAGUUGGAUCAGGCGGUGUUCGUUUUCUCGGAAUCUGGGGCAUGGGUGGCGUGGGGAAGACAACUAUUGCUAGAAAACUUUAUGACAAGAUUUCUCAUCAGUUUCAGAGGUCUUGUUUUCUUGAAAAAGUUCGAGAUGAAUCAAAGAUGAAUGGGCUGAAGCACUUGCAGAGAACACUCCUUUCAAGAAUCUCAAAUGGUAAAUCAGUUGAAAUACAAGGUGUUUUUGAAGGAGCGAGCAGGAUUAAAGAUAAUCUUUGUCUCGGGAAUGUCUUAAUUGUUUUUGAUGACGUGGAUGAUGAGCACCAAUUGGAGAAUUUAGUUGGAAUGCCUGACUGGUAUGCUGAUGGUAGUAGAAUCAUUAUAACAACUAGAGACAGUGAUUUACUUUGUGAAAACAGCCAAUUAUAUCCUGUCUCUGAAUUGUCUAAGCAGGAGGCUCUUGAACUUUUUAGUUUGCAUGCCUUUCAGAAACGAUCGCCGGAUAUAGAGUUUCUCAAUCUCUCCAAGUCCGUAGUAGAUUAUGCUAAAGGCUUACCCUUAGCUCUUAAGGUCCUGGGAAGUUUUCUCUACAAACGAGGUGUAACUGAGUGGAGAAGUACUUUAGAUAGACUCAAAGACACUGGGAACAAAGAUGUUAUUGAGCAGCUCCGCCUGAGUCUAGAUGGAUUGACCCCCAAAGACAAGAAUAUAUUUCUUGAUGUUGCUUGUUUCUUUAGAGGAAAAAGGGAAGAUUAUGUGAUAGAAAUACUAAAAAGUUUUGGUUUGAAUCCAGAGAUAGGAAUAGCUGUCCUUGCUAAAAGAUCACUUUUAUAUAUUUCAGAAGGAAGGAUUGAGAUGCAUGAUUUGAUAGAACAAAUGGGUCAACAAGUGGCACGUGAUGGUGAACAGGACAUGCCAUGGAAUCACACUAGACUAUGGCAUGAAAAAGAUAUAAAAACUGUUUUUUCUAUAAAUCAGAGGGCAGAGUCAGUUAGAGGUAUAGCUGUACCAACUGGCUUAGACCGACAUAUAUGCAAGUUUAGCAAAGCUUUCAGAAACAUGCCUUGUCUUAGGUUACUCAUGGUCAAAGGGGAGGAAGUCCGACGGCAUGAUCCUAUUGCUGAACCUAUUAAGCAUCUGCCCAGUAGCUUGAUAUGGCUUGAUUGGAGAUACUACAUGUCA